CAGUGAGCAUAGAAAAAGGUGAUUUCAACAAUCAAGGACACAACACCAGUGCCUUUUCACAAACCAGCAUCUGAAGAAGAAACCAUCUACAGGCAGCUCUCAUACCAUAACCCAGGAAUUCGCAUUCCAGUCACUGAAAUCCAAGUCAGUGGUCACCUGGGAUCAGGCAACUUUGCCAGUGUGGAGAAAGGGGUGUGGGUUUCAAGCAGCGGUACAAAGGAUGUGGCUGUAAAGACACUACACAGAGACGCCGGUGAUGCAAACAGAGUCAAGUGCCUCCAGGAGGCAGCAAUCAUGGCACAGUUUCAUCAUCCAAAUAUCGUUCUUCUCCAUGGAGUUGUCAUCUACCAGGACAAGAACAUUUCAUUAGUGAUGGAGUUUCUCAAUGGUGGAGAUCUCAGCGAAAGACUCAAAAACAGACACCGUGGCAAUGGCGUGGAUACAAACACCCCGUUAGUUCUCCUGAACUACAGCAUCCAAGUCACACUGGGAAUGCUCUACCUUUCCGAAAAAGGAUUUGUACACCGUGACCUGGCCGCCAGAAAUGUUUUGAUUUCUGACAAAGACAUAUGCAAGAUUGGGGACUUUGGCAUGUCGCGUGAGUUGGAAGACUCAAUCUACUAUCGUUCAGCUGGAGGAAUAAUUCCCAUCAAAUGGACUGCACCCGAGGCUGCGUUCUACAAGAAGUACUCCACUGCCAGCGAUGUGUGGAGCUACGGCUGCAUCCUCUAUGAGAUAUGGAGUCUUGGGGAAAAGCCUUUCUCAAGCCUUUUGAACAAUGAGGUGCUGGAGAAGGUGACUGCAGGUUUCAGGUUACCUCCUCCCCCUGGGUGCUCUCGUGAUAUUUACAAGUUGAUGAUCGACUGCUGGAAUCCGGUCCCAGCCUCCCGCCCUACGUUCAAAGACAUUCUGACUCUCCUCAUUAGUGAUGAGGAGGAGCUGUUGGCAAUACCGUUUGAAGACGCGUUAACGGACCGUGAUGCAUUCCGUGUCGGUGCACCACUAAAAGCUGGACACAAGAUGUAUUCAUCACUACAGACAAAGUAUCUGGGAAACAGCAGCACUAUAAUAUAGAUGAACGAGCAUCUUCCUGAACAUGUACUUUGGUGUUAAUAAUUCAUUUUUGAUCAACAUU